GCAGAAUGUGGGUCACCUCACGUAAGACGACGCAGCAGGCAAAUCGCCGCUCCUUCGUUUGUAGUCCACGCGGUUUUGUUACAGCAGAACUACAUUUCCCACGACGCAUUGCGCGCACGCCUGCGACAACGCAGAGAACUCGUCUCACAAACAAGAUAUUCUGUACGCUACAAAAGCAUAGACCGGAGCGCCACUGGAAAGGUGAGGGGAUUGAAGCUGUCUCUGUCUAGCUCUCCACUCUCAUGCUGCCUCUCUUCCGAUUGGCCCGCGGCCCCCUGACCAGCCUCAGACUCCUCCCCCUACGAGCCUGUAGCCACACCCCCAUGGACCGACCCGUGGAGAGCUCCAUCCGAGCCAAGCUGAGCCGGACCCUGGCGCCGACCCACCUGGAGGUCCGGAACGAGAGCCACCUGCACGCCGUGCCGGCCGGGUCGGAGUCCCACUUCAGGGUGCUGGUGGUGAGCCCGAGCUUCGAAGGGCUGCCCCUGGUCCAGCGCCACCGCCUGGUCAACGAGGCUCUGCGCGAGGAGCUGGCGGGCUCCGUCCACGCCCUCUCAAUCCAGGCCAAGACCCCCCAGCAGUGGAGCUCGGACCCCAGCCUGGCCAAGAGCCCUCCCUGCAUGGGAGGCUCAAAGCACGACCCUGGCAUGAGGCUGCGGAGCGACAGGGAGUGAAUCGGAGAUGGGAGGGAGAUCUGAGAUCAAUUGCAAUCGCUUGUGGUGACUCCCCAUUGUUUGUUUGAAAAAAGUUAUAAUGUAUUUGGUUUCACCCAGUCCAGGUUUUACUACCAGCUUGAUUAGCCCGCAGUGUGUCUAGCUAACAAGCUCAGGUGUGUCUGAUUAUUAAACUCCUAGUGAAACCAGGACUGGAUCACAGUGCUGUGCAGCGGGAGUCUGAUUCCCACCCCUGUAGAUAGAUAGCCAUUGGUUGAAGGCUAUAUUUAUAUAGGUAGAUCAGGGAUGGUAAUCAGACUCCUAUUGCACAGCAGUGUCACCCAGUCCAGGUUUUACUACCAGCUUGAUCAGCCCCAGUGUGUCUAGGCAACAAGCUCAGGUGUUAAACUCCUAGUAAAACCAGGAGUGGAUCAAACUGCUAUGCAACGGGAGUCUUAUUUCAAGUCAGUGUUUGGACAUUAAUUUGACAUGCAUUCAAUUAAAAUGCCAGCAGUAGCUAUGAAUGAAUAACAGAUAUAUGGGGACCAUCUUCUGAUUUAGUUCAGGCUGGUAUUAUAUUGGUUCUCUCUGACAAUGGGACUGAAGACUGACUAAAGCAAUGCUAUUGGUUUAGUUCUCUUCAUGAAAAUGCAGGUUCCAGUUUUCUCGGGCCGAGUCCUUCAGUGUUCUCUCGCAGGUAUUAAUGAAGCGAAGGGGAGCAAAUCUUUGUAAUAAUCUGCCGUUUAGCACCGAGGGUGCUGAAAACGAAAUGGAGAAAGAGAUCGUGGAUCUAGCUGAGGUAUCGCGGUGUGUAACAAAACACGAACAGCAAUAAAAAAUGAUGAGAAAAAACAAACAAGAAAACAGUUUUUUUUACAAUUAUUUAAUUUUUAUUGGAACGCUGGUAAGCUUAACACAAGUAAUGUACAAGAAAAAACAGAAACUAAAUAUAUAUAUAUGUGUGUGUAUAUAUAUAUAUCUCACACAAACCUUAAUACUGCAUCUGAACGGAGCUACACUGAAAUAUUUCUAUAUCUAUUUAUUUAUCCAUGUAGUCAAUUUAUUUUUCAUUUACAAAACAGGCAAAUUAAAAAGACAAACAUACGAUAGUAACCAGUCAUUUUUUUUGUUUUUUUUUGGUUGCUUUUUCACAGAUUUAUACUUUUACUUAAACAUCAUAUACAGCUACAUCUCCACACGAGAUAACGCGGUCGUAUUUCAAUCGCGUUAAAAAAUAAAUAAAAGGCCACGUUUUUGACUUUAAAACAGAUUUAGCAUUCAUAUUCUCUACCGUACCAAAAAUACGACACACACACCUACCUACGGCUAUUGUAGUAUUAUUAUUAUUAUUAUUAUUAUUAUUAUUAUUGAAGAAGGAGAGAAGCCGAACGUAAAAAGUAGAAAAAUAUUUGGCAGUUAACAACAAAGUGACACAACAUGCGUUCUGAUUGUCACCAAAUCGUCUGGGGACAAAAAAAAAAAUCGGAAAUGUACCUGGGGGGUUUGUUAAGGUGGCUCGCACACA